UUUUUUUUGUAGGGGAAAAGACAUGAAAGAGCAAAUUUCCUCGAAACUCCGUCCGAUCUGUCAGUCUCUUCCUCCAUCAUUGCUCUCUCGUUUCUUCGUCUGUUGCUUGGAAUUCUCGUGUUUCCCGUCCUCCCUCCUCCGCUCUUUUCUAGAAAGCGAAGAUUUGAUCUUUCUUUUUGAGGGGUUCAGUCCGAGUUUCUGGGUUUCACGGCUCGUUCAGUGACUCAGUUCCCCGAUCUCUCGGAGACUGCCGUUCCUCCGUUUUCCGGUGGAUUUCUACUCGGAGAAGUUUCGGUUAAACGACAACAGGAACAAAAACAGGUUUUUUUUUUUGGGUUAAGAUGCUCUACCUGUUCCUCGGUCGAAUUUCGAAGCAAAAGUUUUGAGCUUUGAGAUGAAGUUCAUGCUAAAUUGAAGUAUCUGUAGUUCACUUCAUCAAAUGCCAUGAGAGGGUUUGCCUGUCUCUGCAUCAAUGGAGGACAAGUUCGUGAGAUUCCAGGACUGGAGAUCUGAGAAGGCUUCAGACAUGGAGCAUUCAGGGAUGAAAGAAAUGGGCCUCGGAAGAUUCAGUAGAGCCAUGAGCUCCAUUUCAGACAAGCUUCGGAGGAGAGUUGAAUCCGGUUCUGCAAGAAUCAAAGUGUUUAAGAGAUCAUUCAACAACUCUGUUUCAAAGGGUUUAGUCCCCAGGAACAAAGUACUUGACCCACAAGGAGCAUUCUUGCAGAGAUGGAACAAGAUCUUCGUAUUGGCUUGUAUCGUCGCCGUAUCCCUCGACCCUCUGUUCUUCUACGUCCCCGUGAUCGAUGACACGAAGAAAUGUCUCGGCCUGGACAAGAAGAUGGAGAUCACUGCCAGUGUCUUACGUUCGUUCACCGAUAUCUUUUACGUCAUCCACAUUAUCUUCCAGUUCCGAACUGGUUUCAUUGCCCCUCCUUCUCGGGUUUUUGGAAGAGGCGUUCUCGUCGAGGAAGCUAAGGAGAUCGCCAAACGCUACUUAUCGUCGCGUUUCAUUGUGGAUGUUCUCGCCGUUCUUCCACUUCCUCAGGUGGUGAUACUGAUAAUCAUUCCGAGAAUGAGAGGCUCGGCAUCGUUGAACACAAAGAAUCUGUUGAAAUUCAUCGUGUUCUUCCAAUAUAUACCGAGAUUCGUAAGGAUAUAUCCGCUGUAUAAGGAGGUGACGAGGACGUCCGGAAUACUCACAAAGACAGCUUGGGCGGGAGCAGCUUUCAAUCUCUUCCUUUACAUGCUCGCAAGCCAUGUGAGGAGGGAGUUCUAUAUAUACGAUGUCUCUCACAUUCAUCGUCGGCCGAGAUGGUUAACCGGAAAAAAAAAUCUUUGUUUUUUCCAGGUGUUUGGUGCUUUCUGGUACUUGUUCUCGAUAGAACGAGAAACAGUGUGUUGGAAAAGAGCGUGUAAGAGGAACCCGAUCAUCUGUGAUCCGAGGUUGUUGUAUUGUGACCAUGGCACCAGAGGAGGUAACACCUUUCUGAACGUGUCUUGUCCGAUUCAGACACCGAACACGACCCUCUUCGAUUUCGGGAUUUUCCUCGAUGCCCUUAAUUCCGGCGUCGUCGAGUCCCGGGAUUUUCCUCAGAAGUUCUUUUACUGUUUCUGGUGGGGGCUUCAGAACCUCAGUUCGCUUGGGCAAAACCUCAAAACGAGUACUUAUAUCUGGGAAAUAUGUUUCGCCGUCUUCAUCUCCAUCUCCGGACUUGUCUUGUUCUCGUUUCUCAUCGGUAACAUGCAGACGUAUCUGCAAUCGACGACGACGAGGUUGGAGGAGAUGAGAGUGAAGAGACGAGACGCUGAGCAGUGGAUGUCUCACCGCCUGCUUCCCGAUAACUUGAGGAAGAGAAUCCGACGCUAUGAGCAAUACAGAUGGCAAGAGACCCGAGGCGUCGAUGAAGAAACCCUCCUCUGUAAUCUUCCCAAGGAUCUUAGACGGGACAUCAAACGCCAUCUCUGUCUCGGCCUCCUCAUGCGGGUCCCAAUGUUUGAGAAAAUGGACGAACAGCUCCUGGACGCGAUGUGUGAUCGUCUGAAACCCAGGUUAUAUACCGAGGAAAGCUACAUCGUGAGGGAGGGAGAUCCAGUCGACGAGAUGCUGUUCGUUAUGCGUGGAAAGCUCCUAACGAUGACAACCAAUGGUGGAAGAACAGGUUUCUUCAACUCCGAGUAUCUCAAAGCUGGCGAUUUCUGCGGGGAGGAGCUCCUUACCUGGGCACUGGAUCCACACUCCUCCUCUAACCUCCCAAUCUCGACCCGAACAGUACGAGCCCUCACUGAAGUCGAAGCUUUCGCCCUUAAAGCCGACGACUUGAAAUCCGUCGCUUCUCAAUUCAGACGCCUUCACAGCAAACAGCUUAGGCACACUUUCAGGUUCUACUCGCAGCAAUGGAGGACAUGGGCCGCUUGUUUCAUACAAGCCGCCUGGCAAAGGUACUCUAAGAAGAAACUUGAGGAGUCGUUGAGAGAAGAAGAGAACCGGUUACAGGAUGCUCUGGCAAAAGAAGCUGGCAGCGGGACUUCUCCGAGCCUUGGGGCCACGAUAUAUGCCUCCCGAUUCGCUGCCAACAUCCUACGUACAAUACGGAGGAGCGGAACUAUGCGGAAAGCGAGGAUUCCCGAGCGAAUGCCGCCGAUAUUGCUCCAGAAACCGGCUGAGCCAGAUUUCAAUGCUGCUGAUUAGUUCAAGAAAGAAUAGCUUCUGUAAUGUAUAUUGAUAAAACAUGAUGUAUAUGAGUGAAAUCUUUAUUUAUAUAGUUUCUAUUUAUCAA